CCGCAGUACAAGGAAUCAAUAUGAUGAGCGUGCCGGAGCCGGCCUUAGUGGAAUUGCGGGCAGCCCGCAUCGCCUUCUAAUGGCGUCGUGGGGCCACAGCGAAAUGGCCGCGCUGCAGGAUAUCUGCCGCGAGGCGCCCGACGCGGGCCUCCGGGCGGCGCAGACGUCGGUUGUGGCGCGCGUGGGUCCCGCGGCCGUCGGCGCCGACGCGCCGGCGGGCGCAGCGCCGGCCAUCUCAGGCGCCGAUCCCAAGGCCAUCUGGGACGACGACGAGAUUCCACCCGAGGAAGCGCUGUCGUUCCUCGACGCGGGGUCGGACCCGCGGCCGCGCGCUAAGUUUUCCAUGCUCUACAAGCAGGCUGUCGCCACGGAAGACGUCUACCUCGGCACCGAGAAGACGCCGGGCUCGUGCCACAGCGAUGCGCUCGUCUACCGCGUGGAGUUCCCGGACCACGCGCUGCGGGAGCUCGACCUCGACGUGACAAAGACGACGCUAUCCGCCUCCUCGAGCCGGCUCCGGCUCGCGCUCUACCUGCCGCAGCCCGUUCUCGCGGACCACGCCAGCGCGGCCUGGGACGACCGGAGGAAACUCCUCAGCGUGACGUUGCCCGUCGAUUCGGAUGACUGGUAGGUGCCUUUAAUUACUCCAACAAAACAGAUGCCGGAUACAUGGGGGGUCCCGCCGGGAGUGAUGA